CAAUAGUUAUAAUUACAAUAGAUAUAAACGUUGACGAAAUUGUUUGAUUCUAAGCCUUUAAGAAAUCUGUGUAGAGUAUGUGCAACUUGGUCAGGAGAAGCUAAUUCGUUGCCUUUUUCUUCGACAUCAAUAGCUAAAAUGUCUUCUCUAUAAUUAAAAGUAGUCAAGUUCAAAGUUUUGAUAACAUUAGCAACCUGUUCGUCGGGGUUCAUUAAAGCUCUAAAAUAGUGAUACACGCUUGUUCUAAUAUUGUUCAUUCUGGCCAUUUCCCAGUUGUAUAGAAACGUAACAUCUUGAUGAUAUGAUCCUUCUGUAGCUUUCAUUAUCACAUGCUCUAUCCCGGUGUUCUUCACUUUCUUCCAAUUGAUUUUGCCUUGAUGCCAUGACACAUCUAGGGCACUUUGGUAGUUGGGUAUUUCUAAUUCGACGACCGCACAUUGCAUCCGCAUUGAUGGCUUUGUCACUAUCGCGUAAAUUGCGUAAAUGAUCAACUUUUGCAAAAGACCCGACAAUUCGUAAUAAAGCGUCCUUCUAUGAUUUUUUUCAAUGUUUAUUUUUUGUCCUAACGUGAAAUUUACGUGAUAAUAACGGUUUUCCUGGUUUUUAGAAAACAUUGUUGAUGGUACGAAUUUUUCGUAAUGGAACCAGCAUGAGCUAACCCCAACUCGACUCCUCGUCUCCUCUCUUCACUAUCCUCACCUCUCUCACCACUUAUAAUCCAUUUCGGCGUUUAUUUCCAUAUUUGAUUUGUUAUUUGUUUGAAGGUAUUACCCGCAUAAAUAUCGGUUACGGUUUUGUUUUUGACUUUUGAAGGUUGUACGCGUUCCAUCCCCUUGUCACUCCUUAAAAAACAUUCAAAUUUCGAAAAUUUUGAAAAGAAUGAUCAAAUUUGGACUUUGGUUGGUUGGAUUGGAAUUUGGAUGAUAAACAGUGCAAAAAAGCUAUAUAAAAUCAACAACAAACUGCUGAGGCGGCUGAUAACAACGAUAACGGAAGUCGGAGAUACGGAGAAGAAAACUAGGAAGGAAAGGAACGAAAGAAGGAUAAAACUUGAAAAAGUGAAAAAAAUAAUACAAAGUUUUGUGCUAUGCUGUAUUCGGAUGAGAACUUGAAUUAAAUUUGUUUUCUUCGAAAGAAUGCUUGCCAUUCAAUACAUUUUAAUUGAAUAGUGUAAUCAGUUUUAGUAAUCAAAAUAAUCAUGACCUCUCAUUUAACUCGAGGAAAACUGAAUAUAGGAUUGGUGCAAGAGCAGGCAAAAAAAGAAUUCUUGGACUUAUUGGAUAACUGCGAUGGAUCAAAGGUGAUUAUAUGGGAUGAUGGUUUGUCUGGUCCUUUUGGCCUAAUCGCCGAGUACAGUCUCCUGAAGAAAAGAGAUGCAGUAAAAAUGCAUCCCCUGAGACCGGGGAAAAUUAAAACUAUUGAAACAGAAAAUGUAAUAUUCAUUACUCGGCCACACUUGAAACUGAUGGGUUAUGUUGCUGAAAAUAUUCAUCAUGAAGAGAGUUCGCAUAGAAAAAGAAAAUGGCAUUUAUACUUUGUACCAAUGAAAAGUUUACUAUGCGAAGAAUUUUUGAAAAAUAAAGGAGUAUAUGGUAGUUUCGCUACAGUUCAACAAAUAUCGGGCUGUAUACUUUUCCCUUUCGAUAAUGAUUUGGUAUCAAUGGAAUUGGAAUCUGCUUUUCGAGAGUAUUACGUUGAUUCGGAUCCUACUUGCGUAUAUCAAGUGGCCAAAGCUGUGAAAAUACUACAAGAUAUAUACGGUCCCAUAAAAAGAAUAUCUGGAAAAGGAAACGCUGCUCAACAAGUUAUGAAACUAUUGAAUAAACUCGAUAAAGAACCGUCUUCUAGCUCAUCUGUGAAGAACUCGUCUUCUGUUCAAAUUGACCAGUUAAUUUUAAUUGAUCGCGGAAUUGAUUUACUUUCUCCUCUUGUCACUCAGCUAACGUAUGAAGGGUUGAUCGACGAAUUAUAUGGGAUUAGUAAUUGUAAUGUGAAAUUACCCGCUGAUCGGUUUGGAGGCCAAGAAGAAGACUUUUCAGACACAACGCGCGAUAAAGUACUCAUACUGAAUUCAGCAGAUGAAAUCUUUACUGAAAUUAGAGAUAAAAAUUUGUUCGCAAUUGGUCUAACUCUCAGUCGUCGUGCCAAACAAAUGUCUUUGCAAUUUGACGAGGGCCAGGACGGUCGAACGGUGCAAGAGAUUAAACAAUUCGUAGCGAAAUUACCUCAAAUGUUGGCUGUGAAGAAAUGUUUAGCGAAUCAUAUGACUGUAGCUGAAAUGAUUAAAGAACAAACCGAUUCCGAAGACUUUAGAGAAAGCGUAAAAAAUGAACACGAAAUGUUAUUAGGUAUCGUUAGUGACCGAGUUCAUCCUUAUAUAGAGGACUGUAUGGCUCAGAAAGUCGAUGUUAUUAAGGUCUUACGACUCAUUUGCAUACAAUCUAUAGUCAGCUGUGGUCUGAAGCCUAAAAUUCUGGAACAAUAUAAAAGAGAUAUAAUUCAAACUUACGGAUUUCAACAUAUCCUCACUUUGACGAAUCUGGAAAAAGUUGGCCUACUGAAAAUUCAACAAGGAACACGAUCUUACACAUUCCUUCGUAAAACCUUGAAAUUGACUGAAGAAGAAACUAAUAACGUUACUCCAAAAGAUAUUCAUUAUGUUCAUGGCAUAUACGCUCCUCUGAGCGUGCGUUUAGCUCAACAGUUCGCCAAACCCAAUGGUAUAAGAAGUAUUAACGAUGUUAUCUCUGCGUUGCCAGGACCCUCUUUUGAUGAUAUUUCCAAAAAUACCUCCAAUUUCACUCAUCAAAGAAGAGGAAGUUUGAGCUCACAAAAUGAUUCGUCCAACGUGAUUCUAGUAUUUUUUAUUGGCGGGUGUACUUUUGCAGAAAUUUCUGCGUUACGAUUUUUAUCGCAACAAGAAGAUCUGAAUGCUGAAUUUGUGAUAGCAACAACCAAAAUAAUCACCGGUAAUACUUUCAUCAAGUCGCUGAUGGAGCCAUUGUCGUGAAAUAAAUUUUUAUUGCGUUAUUCUUUUCAUACUUUUAAAAACAUAUUUAUCAUGUUACCAUGCUUAUUGUGUAUUAUUUCGAGUGAGAUGGUCAUAUCGUACAUGAAUCAUUUCAUUUUUGAUAUUAUUAUGUACUACAUAUUUUUAUUCUGAUUUUUGAUGUACUUAUUGUUCAAAAAUGUAUUCAUUUUCCGCUUUU